AAAGCGGGCCAGCGAGCAGUAUUAACAGUAUUGUAUAAAAUUAAAUACGGAUUCAAUUAUUUGAUUUUCGACUAUUACGAAAGUGCUUAAAGCACUCGUAAAAAAAUGAGCGUUCUAUACCAAAAUAACUGUAAUAUAUUAAUAGAUCACAGUAAAUACAUUAAUAAGAUUUAUAGCAAUGUUUCUUCCACUGAUGAAAGUAAUGCUUACAAAAUUAACCUGUGCUUGUUUAGUAUAAUCGUUGACAAAGAACUUAAAGAAGUACCUAAUAAAAAGAGAAAACUACAAAAUCAAGAGUUAAAUGAAGAAUGUUCAAGAGUAAAAUAUAUGUAUGAACAAUUUUUAAGUAUGUUACCAGCAAAACUGAAGCAAAAUCGAGUAAAAAGCACUUCAAGUGAAGUGCGGGAUCGAGCUCAAAAGCUAUUUGAGGCGACUGUGUUUGAACAUAGAGGCAUAAAUGGUGGAAAUAAUUCUGAUUCCGCAAUUUUAUGUACAGUAAAGGAUAACCAAUUCCUUAUUCCUUCUAAUUGUAGAUUUUAUUGUGGAUGUGUAAAGGAGCAAUGUGAGAAACUAAAUGGCAGUAAAUAUGACAUAGUGGUAGCAGAUCCUCCCUGGUGGAACAAAUACAUAAGGAGGCUGAAGCAUGCUAAUGAGAAGCUCAGUUACUCCAUGAUGUACAAUGAAGACAUUGCCUCCAUACCUGUGAGAAACGUGCUAUCUCCAAACUGCCUUGUUGCCAUAUGGUGCACAAAUGCACCGAGCAAUAUUGCUGCUGUCAAAGAGCUGAUAUUUCCUCAAUGGGGUGUGGACUACUUGACUACUUGGUACUGGUUGAAGGUCACAACAGAUAUGGAGCCCCUAUGCGACUUCAGCACUGGAUGCAAGAAGCAACCUUACGAGAGAAUCAUAUUGGGGAAAGUUGGGGAUGUGAAGGUGCCAGAGGACCAGUUAAUCGUCAGCGUUCCGAGCGCUUUGCAUUCGCACAAACCUCCAUUAUUAGAACUUCUAUCGCCUUACGUGAAAACCAGCACACCUCAAACACUGGAACUAUUCGCGAGGUACCUCCUACCAAACACGACCAGCGUUGGCUUCGAGCCGCUCAAAUGGCAGCAUAUAUCACUGUAUGAAAAAGUUUGUUGAUGAAUAAAAGUGAAAGGUAA